UCUAGCAAAGGUAAAUUCCUAUGGCAUAGUAGUCGAUUGUGCGAAAUCUCUGAGGACAAAACCAAUGGAAAAUGGCACCUACUAAAUCGUCAUCUACUGCGGCUCCUUUUAGCAAAGACGAGCGUGUGCUCUGCUUUCAUCACGAGAUGCUCUAUGAGGCAAAGAUACUGGACGUCAGGUCUACUGAGGAUAAUGUCUCCUGGCAAUAUAAGAUUCACUACAAAGGAUGGAAAAAAACGUUGGGAUGAUUGGGUUCCUCAAGAUAGAGUACGAAAGCUCACAGACGAAAAUAAAGAACUUGCGGCCCAGCUUCAUAAUCAGAUGAAAUCCGUCAAAGCUACAAACCAAAAAUCAACUUCAAGCAGGCAAGGUAAAAAAUCAUCUAGUGGUCGUGGAACUACCAAUAUUGGCGAUAUCUCCAGUGCUAGAGGUAGCGAGGAAAGGCAUGCAGGAACAGCUAUGCAGAGCGCCAGGGGACCUAGAAGGCAAAGAGAUUACGAUGUUGAAACAGAAGACGCAUUUCUUAACAGACCAUCUAUUAAACUUAGUAUUCCUGAUCAUAUUAAGGCUAUACUUGUCGACGACUGGGAAAAUGUGACAAAAAACCAACAGCUCGUUCCUAUCCCUGCUACCAAGCCUGUCACGUGUAUUCUUAAUGAUUAUCUUGAGCAAGAAAAGACCUCAAGAGUCCCUGGGAGUUCCCAGGCCGAUAUACUAGUAGAAGUAAUUUCUGGGGUAAAGGAGUACUUCGAUAAGUGUCUCGGCCGGAUCCUCCUCUAUCGAUUUGAACGAAUUCAGUACGUCGAGGCUCGUGAAGGAUGGUUAUCAACAACGGGUGAUUUCGCUGGGAAAACCCCAUGCGAUACGUAUGGAGCUGAACAUUUAUGUCGCCUAUUAGUUUCUCUCCCAGAAUUAAUCGCACAAACAAACAUGGACCACCAGUCAGUCAAUCGUUUAAGAGAGGAACUUACUAAAUUGACCAAUUGGAUUGCCAAAAACGCAACUACAUAUUUUGUCAGUGAAUAUGAAACUCCUGGUCAAGAGUACUGCGAGAAAGCUCGUGGUACUAAAUAG